GAAAUCACAAAGCAACAAUGACAAAGAACUCAAAGGCUUCUUCUCUAUGUCUACUACUCCUCCUCAUCCUCGUCUUCUCUCUCAGUUCUCAACCAGCACUCUCCUUUCGUGCCCCAAAACCGCAAUCACAACCAACAUCACCUCAAACCAUAAUCGAUGAUUCGUCUUCAAUGGGCAAGAUCGACCAUGCAAAAUCCAUGAUUGCUGAUUUCUUCAGCCACAAGUUUCCACUAAAGAGCUGGCCUAUCCCCAAGUACCCACCGUUCACAUUGGUUAACCCUAAUAUUCAAACAAACCCUUCUGGAGCUCAAGAGGAAUCAGAGAAGUUACCUUCUUCCCCAGUCAAAGCCAACAAAGAUGGAGGAAACGCCUAAAUGUAGCAUUUUACUAGUAUGUUGUCAAAUAUAUCUAUGGUCUUACAUUUCUUAAAAAUAAAAGAUAAAAAGUAGCUUUAACAAUGUGUCCUGUGUUUCUAAACAAUACGUUUUGUUGAGUUGGAAAAUACAAUAUAUAGUUGUGUUAGCAACAUAUUGUUAGUUCC